UGGUGGAGCUAAAGUAAAAAGCUCGCAGACCAGGCACUGUAUUUACUUUUGGAGAUCGGCGUCUCUGAGGAAAAAUAUAAAAUUAUAUACCUCUCCAAGGUAGAAUGCCUUCCUACAUUGUGACUGUGGCUACAGGCAGCCAGUGGUUUGCAGGCACAGAUGAUUACAUCUACAUUACACUUAUUGGGUCAAAAGGCUGCAGUGAGAAGAACCUGCUUGAUAAACCAUUCUACAAUGAUUUUGAAAGAGGAGCAAUUGAUUCAUAUGAUGUCACCGUAUCUGAGGAAAUCGGGGAUAUUCAACUUAUUAAAAUCGAGAAACAUAAAUAUUGGUAUAAAGAUGACUGGUACUGUAGGUAUAUAACCGUAAAGACACCUGCAGGAGAUUACAUGGAAUUCCCAUGCUACCGAUGGAUCGUCAAUGACAAGGAAAUAGUUCUCCGUGAAGGAAAAGCAAGACUGGUUCAAGAUGAUAUAACUCAAUUCCAUAAGCAGCACAGAAAAAAAGAGCUAGAGGAUAGACAAAAAAUGUACAGAUGGAAAGAAUGGCAUCCAGGUUUUCCGCUCAGCAUUGAUGCUCAUUGUCAUAGUGACUUACCACAUGACAUACAAUUUGACAGCGAAAAAGGAGUUGAUUUUAUCUUAAAUUAUACCAAAGCGAUGGAAAAUCUCUUUGUCAAUAGUUUUAUGCACAUGUUCCAAUCAUCAUGGAGUGAUUUUGCUGAUUUUGAAAGAAUUUUUGUCAGAAUUAGUAACACAAUAUCAGAGUAUGUCAUGAAACAUUGGCAGGAGGACUUCAUGUUCGGAUACCAGUUUCUCAAUGGCUGCAAUCCAGUGUUAAUUAGGAAGUGCAAGGAAAUACCAGCAAAUUUUCCAGUUACAAAUGAAAUGGUAGAAUGCAGUCUGGAAAGGAAACUAACACUUGAAAAAGAAAUGGAGCUGGGUAACAUCUUCAUUGUGGAUUUUUACCUUCUUGAUGGAAUCUCUGCAAACAAAACUGAUCCUUGCACCAUCCAAUACAUAGCAGCUCCCAUCUGCUUAUUAUACAAAAACCUUGAAAGUAAAAUUGUCCCAAUUGCUAUACAGUUGAAUCAAGUGCCUGGACCUGAUAAUCCAAUAUUCCUGCCAUCAGACUCCCAUUACGACUGGUUGUUAGCCAAAAUAUGGGUGCGUUCAUCUGAUUUCCAUGUUCACCAAACUAUAAGCCAUCUUCUCCGGUCUCAUUUACUUUCAGAGGUUUUUGCAAUUGCUAUGUUCCGUCAGCUGCCAGCAGUUCACCCUAUUUUUAAGCUCCUGAUACCUCAUGUGCGAUUCACCAUAGCAAUCAACACAAAAGCUCGUGAACAGCUCAUUUGUGAAUGUGGUCUGUUUGACAAGGCAAAUGCCACAGGGGGUGGAGGACAUGUGCAACUGCUUUUACGAGCCAUGAAGGAGUUAACAUACCAAUCACUUUGCUUUCCAGAAGGGAUAAAAAUGAGGGGGAUGGAAAGCCAGGAAGAAAUUCCAUAUUAUUUUUAUAGGGAUGAUGGCAUCAAAGUCUGGGAAGCAAUACUAAGGUUUGUUGGUGACGUGGUAGACAUCUAUUACAACAAUGAUGAAACUGUGUGUGAGGACAUUGAACUUCAAGCAUUUGUGAAAGAUGUUUAUGUUUAUGGACUUCGGGACAAUGAAGCUUCAGGUUUCCCAAGAACUCUGAAGACAAAAGAGAAACUGGUGGAAUAUCUCACCUUAGUGAUAUUUACUGCUUCUGGACAGCAUGCAGCAGUGAAUUUUGGACAAUAUGAUUGGUGUUCCUGGAUCCCAAAUUCUCCACCCACCAUGCGUUGUCCUCCACCUACUGAGAAAGGUGUAGUUACAAUAGAGUAUAUUAUCGAAAGCUUACCAGACAGAGGCAGAUCAUGCUGGCACCUUGGAGCUGUAUGGGCCUUGAGCCAGUUCCAAGACAAUGAGUUAUUCCUUGGAUACUACCCAGAUGAGCACUUUGUUGAGAAAUCAGUAAAAGAAGCAAUGGCCAGAUUCAGGAAAAGGCUGGAAAACAUCACAAGUUUCAUUCAAGACCGAAACAAGAACAAGAAGCUGCCUUAUUAUUAUCUUUCUCCAGACAGGGUCCCAAACAGUGUUGCUGUUUGAAUUGCCCAAGACAUACUUUUUAUUUUAUGGAAGAUUGGAUUUGUUAGUGUAUAUUGAUGCUAUCAUUUCAUUGUAUAUAUUGAGCUGGUAUAUUUUGGAGAACGUUAAGUAAUGGAUAACAUGAUAUACAGAACAUUGAUAUAUCUGUGUCAGCUUAAAUGAAAAUGGAGACCUUGGUCAAUGUUGACACCUGUUAUUGGAAAUAUUUAUCAAGUUCUUUAGUGCACCAACGAUCAAUGAAGUUACCAUAGAUGCUUGUAAAAUAAAAAUCUUACCAAAUAACAA